AUGAGCAAUAUGAUGAGAGCCGCCUUCCGAAAGCAUGACCAGAUCAUCUUUACGGACACAGACAAAGUCGAGUGGAAGGGUAUGGUGAUGAGCCAUGCUCGGGUCCCCAACACCGAUUUCUAUACCUACAAGGUCCACUUAAUCGCAAAGAAUAAGGAGACAGAUCCAUCCGCAAAGCCGGAUUGGGAGGUGAUACCACUCAAGGACAAGACGGUCUCAGACUACUCGCUACGACGCUAUAAAGAACAGGAAGAGUGA